AUGACUCUCCUCCAGUUCUUACGCCAAGCCCGCCAAGUGCACCUUCACUUCCUCUCGGGUGCUCUAACCGAGCCUCCAAUCUAUGUAAUCGGCAAUCCCUCUGCCGACCUUGACUCUAUCGUCUCGGCGAUCAUCUACUCUUACUGCGCGAACAACCGGCUUCCGAUCCAAAGCCCACGACCCCAUAUCCCACUACUAAACCUGUCCAAUUUCCCCGCUGGGACAGAGCUGUAUCGACUAAGACCGGAAUUCUCGGCUGCAUUAUGGUCAUCAACCAAUUUCCCCCCUCUGAAGAGUGAAGAGCAAUUCGAGAACACCCUUCAGUCUGCGGGCAAUUUUCUACCCGAGUAUGUUAUGACCGUCGCGGACUUCGCGCAGUCUCUCGAAGACCAGCAUGUGUGGCACCAGAUACUCGCCGAUGCAACGCUGGUAGACUGGAACGCGUUCCCGCGGCCAUCAAAGACCGAUAAGGGCUCUGGGUUCCUAACUGGGUUGCCGGGUGUCUCCUUCCGGACUGUAGGAUGUAUCGACCACCACAUCGACGAGCACAACAUGCCAAGCAUUGACGGCUUACCAGAAGGGCAGCCGAUGAUUAUCCAACCGGGACCUGGGUCAUGUGCAUCGCUCAUCACGCGAGAGUUGCGACAACGGAAACUCUGGGACACGACCCCGGAAAUGACACAGGUUGCGAAGCUUGCUCUUUCGGCGGUGCUGAUUGAUACUUUAAAUCUCACCGCGGAAGGCAAAGUGACCGAUGUAGAUCGUGAGGCGGUCGAAUUCCUGCGAUCUCAAAUCGAGGGAGAAUCACAAGCUGCAGCGAGUUCAGAAGGCGAUUGGGAGCUGGAAACGUUCUACAAGAGCAUUCUUCAUGCAAAGCUGAAUAGUCUCGAUCUUCUUACGAUGGAGGAAAUAUUGAACCGCGAUUAUAAAGACUGGAUUGAGACGUCACAGUCCUCGGGGGAGACUGUGAAAAUGGGCUUCUGUUCUGCCGUCAAGCCCAUACGAUGGCUUGUUCAGAAGGCAGGUGGCCCGGAGAAGUUCCUUGAUGCUGCGCUCUCGUUCGCGGCUUCUGCUGAGAAAGACUUGGAUGUGCUUGUUAUCAUGACGGCGUUCACGGGCACUGACGACAAGUUUUGUCGCGAGCUAUUCGUCAUCGUGACGGGUGGCAAUGAAGCGGCUGUCAAGGGUGUGGAGAGGUUUAUUGAGCAAUCCUCUCACCAUCUUGGGCUUGUAGAAUGGUCUCCGCUCGAUGGGGAGGAUAUCCCUGAGCUGACAGGCGAUUGUCUUUCUACAUUGAACGUGGACGAGGAUUCCCUCCACUGGAGGCAGCUGUGGGUGCAAACCAACGCGGCUGGGAGUAGGAAGCAAGUUGCUCCAUUGCUGCGCGCGGCGGUAGCUAAAUUAUAA